AUGUUCGCGGAGACUGUGCGAUAUGCGCUAUACGUGCUCUUGCUUUGGAUCGUCGCGUCCCUCGUGAAGAGUGUCUUUAUUCCGUCACCCUUGGCCAAUAUCCGUGGCCCGCCCUCGACCGGAAGCUGGCUGUGGGGGCACUUCAAGCAACUGUUUGAUCGGCAAAGCUGGCAGUUCCAGCAUGAGCUGUACAAUAAAUACGGCCAGAUUGUCACUGCGGAUGGCCUAUUCGGGCGCAAAUUAUUGUUUGUCUUCGAUCCGCUCGCGCUGCAUCAUGUACUCCUUAAGGACCAACAUAUCUACGAAGAGACAGAGCAGCUUAUUCAGAUGGACCUUCAACUCUUUGGACCCGGACUGCUUUCAGUGCUAGGUGAUACGCACAGGAAGCAACGCAAGAUGCUGAAUCCUGUCUUCUCCAUCAAACACAUGCGACAGAUGCUCCCCAUCUUCUAUCAGGUAACAGAUCGGCUCAGGCAAGCGUUGAAUGACCGCGUCGUGAAUGGGCCUCAAGCAGUGGAUAUGAUGAGCUGGAUGACGCGCAUCGCGCUGGAGCUCAUCGGGGAAGGCGGCCUCGGAUACUCGUUCGACCCCCUCACAACUGACUCCGCGAACCCAUGGGGCGAAGCGAUGAAGAACCUCAUGCCCUCCGUCAUGCCCCUCAUGCCUUUCCGUGUCAUCCUCCCCUUCCUCUGCAAGUACACUUCCCCUCGCCUCCGCCGGUGGGCCGUCGGGCGCAUCCCGUGGGCGCCGCUCCAGAAGGUCCGCGGGAUCAUCGACACGAUGGACGAGAUGUCGCACACUAUCUACAACACGAAGAUGAGCGCGCUCCGAAAGGGCGAAGAGGCGACCGUGCAGCAAAUCGGCGCGGGCAACGACGUGAUGAGCAAACUCUUGCAGGCGAAUACGAUGGCGUCUGAGGAGGAUAAGCUCCCGGACGACCAGCUCAUAGCGCAGAUCACGACCAUCGUGUUCGCAGCUAUGGAUACGACGUCGGGCGUGCUUGCGCAUAUCCUGCACAUGCUCUCGGAGCAUCAAGAGGUGCAAGAGCGCCUGAGACAGGAGAUCAUCGAAGCUCGCAGAGAGAAUGACGGCGAAGAGCUGUCGUACGAGCAGCUGUCGGAACUUUCGCUGCUCGAUGCGGUCUGCCGCGAGACGCUCCGCAUGUAUCCGCCGCUUGUAUUCCUCACUCGCACCGCCGUUGAGGCCGCCGUCCUUCCUCUCUCGACGCCGAUUGAAGGACGCGACGGCACGCUCAUGCACGAGGUUCUUGUGCCCAGAGGUACAUCCGUCGUGAUCAGCAUCCUCGCGUCGAACCGCAAUCGCGCGUUGUGGGGACCCGAUGUGGAUGAGUGGAAGCCGGAGCGUUGGGCAAAGCUGCCGGACGCCGUCGUCGACGCGCACAUUCCAGGGGUAUAUUCACAUCUGCUGACGUUCCUGGGAGGGAGUCGGGCGUGCAUCGGGUUCAAGUUCUCAGAGAUGGAAAUGAAGGUCGUUCUGAUGAUGCUUCUUUCCAACUUCAAGCUGUCCAUUCCCGAUAACCUGGGCGCGCCCAUCUGUUGGAACUUCGCGGGGGUACAGUGGCCGAGUGUGGGCAGGACAAGCUCUACCUCUGAGCUUCCCCUAAAACUUGAGCUCUUGGAGAAGAGAUUGUGACUUCACAUGCAAUCAAGCGCCAGGCUACGCUGUU